AUGCCCAAGCGUCCGCGGAGCGGGCGCCCAGAGCGCUACGUGCCAGACGUUGCCGCUGAAUUCAAGAACGCGGUACGCAUGAACCUGAAGGAGACAGAUGUGCGAGAGCGUGUCGUGCAGCUCUUCCGAGCUAGCAGGGAAAGUGUGAUCGGACGGAAGCAGGUGAUGGAACUAAUGAGAAAGGAUGUGUCGGUACGGCGUAAGGAUUUGGCGGAGAGGUUCCUGUCAAACCAGCGGGUGGACACACUCUCCGGGCUAGAAGCAGAGCUGAUUUGA